GCAUUUCCACAACGUACACAUAUCAUAUGGGUGGUUUCCACAAAUUUCUUAAAACAACGGUCCAAGCUUUCGAGCAACUCAAUCUUGAAGUGAAUAACCAUUUGCAACAACAACAACAAAGUCAUGCUCAAUCGUCGUCAGGAGCUCCUACAUCACAACAAACGCCUGCUGUACCAGCACGGCCACCCAACUACCCUGCACCAGCAGCGGCUCAACAGCAACACUACUACGAUCAGGCACCUUUUUCUCGUUUAGUUUAUCCAGGCCCCGAUGGUAAACUUGUAUAUCCUUCAUACAAUGAAAAAGGCGAUCGUAUACUCGACUUUUCGUCAGCCGGCUACAAUGAAGGUUGGACAGGAUUACCGGAAGGUAUUCAAGUUGUCAUGUCAUUGGAACCCUCUGGUGGACAAGAUGACGAUUCUGCACGCAUUCAACUAGCGCUUGACCAACUCGGUACCAUGCCUCCCUUUCAAGGCGGAAGUCCGUUUCGAGGUGCACUACAGCUUAACCGCGGCUACUACAAUCUUGCACAACCACUCGAGUUCCGAGUAUCCGGUGUCGUGUUGCAAGGCGAUCCCUCUGGUGGCACAGUUUUGGUUGGUACAAGUGACCCACUCACUACGCGUUGCUUGUUCAAGAUUGUUGGCGAGACGAAUGCAUAUACCAAACGCGUUCCCGUACAGGACGAAUAUGUACCUGUUGGUAGCAACAUAUUGACCGUGCGUGACAAGAAUCACUUUAAAGUGGGCGAUACCGUCAUGAUUGGAGUUGCGUUUAACGAUGCAUGGGUCAAAGCUGUGGGUAUGGAUGUGAUCCAUCCAAAAGGAAACACGAACAAAAACAAUGGAUGGAAAGCAGGUCGUUUUGAGCAUCAUCGUCGGGUGGUGCGCGUUGAUAAUGGUGGCACUCGGCUGACGCUGAACGAACCUUUGACUGCCAGUCUGUGCAAGCAGUAUGGCGGCGGCUUUGUCACAAAAUACGAAAACAAACGUGUUCAACAUGUCGGCCUGCAGUUCUUUGAAUGUCAAUUUCCCCAAAAUAAGGAUCGUGGACCAGAAGAAAUGAUGGCGCAGCAAAAGAAGCCUGUCAAAGAUUAUCGAUUUGCGGACGAAAUGUUUGAUCACUUGAUGGUAGCUAUGGAUAGUGCUGAAAACUGUUGGAUUCGUGCCGUACGCUCAGUAUGGUGGCGCAACUUUGCACGACUGGGAACCAACACAGUGGCCAUCACGCUGCAGGAAUGUCAUCAUACCUUUCCUAACCCUCCUCCGGGCCCAGAUAAACGAAAACCUUUGCCUCUUACUGGACAGUUUGCAUUUGAAUUAUCUGGCCAAUUGAUCCUGAUUGAUCGUUGCCAUGUCGAAUACAACUUCCAUGCCUACUCGUACAAGGGUCGUGUCCCAGGCCCUAAUGUGGUAUACCAGAGUAGCUGCGUUGCAAAGAAUGGCGAUGUAGGUCCCCAUAUGAAGUGGUCGACUGGACAGCUUUAUGACAAUUGUAAUAUUGAGGGCCAAAUGAUUAUUCAAGAUCGAUUCGAUGCUGGUUCAGGCCAUGGUUGGUCCGGUGCCAAUUCGGUUGUAUGGAAUACAGUAGCUCAUGGAGGCAUGGUUGUUCAAAAGCCUCCAACAGCACAUAACUUCCUAAUCGGAAGCUCCUCCAAGCGAGGCAAAGCUCGAAUGCCACAACACGAAUGGGCUUGGGAAGAACAUUCUGAUCAGAAAGUGAACCCUCCUAGUCUGUAUAUGACGCAACUCAGUGAAAGACGACAGCGUCUUCAGUCCUCAUAAACCCGCUGCUAGGCAUACUUUUAUGUUGCCAUUCUAAUAUUUAUCUUUGCUAUAUCUUACUAGAAAACGUGCUUUCAAUGCAUCGCUUCCCCUAUCUCGCAAUCACACUCAUUGCCGUGGCAAAAAACAGCUCACAACACUACGACAUUCCACCUCCAAUUACUGAAAAUUUUAUUUCUUGUAUUGUUAAAUACUCUUCCAAUUAAAAUUGAUGCCUGUAUAUUUACA